AUGUCGGACAUAGAAUUCCCCGUGAAGGCCAUCACAUGGUCUGUGUACGAGCAGAAAACACCGAUUCUCCUCCAGGAAGAAAACGGGCCGUGUCCCUUGAUUGCACUAGUCAACACGCUUCUUUUGGCUUCGGACAUCGAGGCCCGAACCACCGCCUGGGGCAAAGAAAAUGCCGUUUUGCCUGAAUCCAAAGAGCUGGGUCUGGCGUCCUCUUCUCCCCAGCCCAAUGGCUCGGCCCGCAUAAAAGAGUUAUUGAACAAACAUGUGGGGGACCGGGUAUCUUUGGUGGAACUUCUUGCAUGUUUGGGCGACGCUCUUCUCGAACGGACGCAGGUUGAAGCCAAUGUCGUCUCGGAUCUCCUUGAGAGCCUCCCUCUUUUGCAUACGGGACUUACGGUGAAUCCAAAUUUGGUUUCUGGCGGGUUUCCGCCGCAAGACUUGGCAGCGAAGAUCUUCGACGCCUUUGGCUUGACGUUUGUGCAUGCGUGGAUCUGGGAACCGGGCCACAACAAAGAUGCCGACUCGGUCUUUCCGCUGUUGCAGACAUUCGAUGCCGUGCAAGACUUUUUGCUUACAAAAGACGAGGAAACCGAGCCAAACGCCGAGGUUUCUGCCGUUUCGGCGUGGUUGGACGAAAACAGCACCCAACUUACUCUGCAUGGGCUUUCUGUGCUAGACAAGCAGCUACCGGCUGAUAGCGUGGCGAUUUUUUUCCGAAACAACCAUUUCUCCACGUUGUAUAAGGCUGAUAACCACGACUUGUACUUGCUUUUAACCGACACGGCAUUCAUCAAACGGCCGGAAUUUGUUUGGCAGUCGGUGAUCUCUGCCUCGGGAAAGGACGAUCUUUUUUUCUCGGGCGAUUUUACUCCGAUCAACGAUGAACUAGAACCAUGGGCUCUGUAUCCAAACGACGAUAUGGCUGUGGCUCGCCAGUUGCAAGAGGAGGAGGAUGCUGCCACAGCACAAAGAUUGCAAGCUUCUUACAACACCAAAAAAUCGAAACAGAAGGGAACCACGGUAUCUGAAGGAGCCAAAGGUGCAAAAGAACAACCACUGAAAAAGGCUUCCAAGAAGGAAACUAAAGAGGGAAAGAGCAAGAAAAAGGGCAACUGUGUGAUUGUUUAG